AUGACGUUGGAAGAUUCUGGCAACGAAGACGAAGAAGAUUUUAUGGGAGAGAUUACCGACAAUUUUCCAUCUUUGGAUAUCCAAAUUGUAAGGAGCGGACUGGAAGAGUUUGUGCACAUCGAUGAUGAAAGCAUCGAAGAGUAUUCAAAAGCAGUUUUGGAAGACUAUGUCAAUUGGCUUUUUGUUGCGUGGUUUGACUUACUUGAUGCGCCUUGA